CCCGGAAAGGGAAGUGUUUUCAUCUGUUACUGUUUGGGUUGGUUUUCCAAAAAUGCCAGUGGCGGUGAUCAUGGGAGAGAAUUACAACAAACUUCUGGAGCAGUGUGAAACACAGGAGUUGGAGGCACCUGGUGGCAUUGCGACUCCUCAAGUGUACGGGCAGCUGCUGGCCCUAUAUCUCCUGCACAAUGACAUGAAUAAUGCCCGGUAUCUUUGGAAGAGAAUCCCACAAGCAAUCAAAUCUGCUAACCCUGAACUGGCUGCUAUCUGGGGUGUGGGCCAGCGGAUCUGGCAGAGGGACUUCCCAGGAAUAUACACAGCAAUUGCUGCUCAUCAGUGGUCUGAAACCAUUCAGCCAGUCAUGGAGGCUCUCAGAGAGGCAACACGGAGGAGGGCCCUUGGUCUGGUGGCUCAGGCUUACACCUCAAUCACAGCUGACGAUUUUGCUGCUUUUGUGGGGUAUACAGUGGAAGAAGCUGUAAAGGGAGUUGUGAGUCAAGGAUGGCAGGCGGACCCCAACACCAGGAUGGUAAUGCCACAGAAGCCAGAUCCUCCCCCAGUUUCCCUCGUUCCUAACGAGCAGCAGUUGGCUAGACUCACUGACUACGUGGCCUUCCUUGAGAACUGAUAAAUCCUGAGCCUGUACAUUCAACAACAGGCAGACCCUCAGUGAAGUGGACAGUAAAGUGAGGGAAUCCCAUUUUCCUGGAUAACUGUGCUCCAGUUUCGUUUUAUCCCACGAUACGCAUGUUUUACAUCAAAGGCCCCACUCUCCAGGAAUAGCUGUCUUUCUUAUACAGAUCUUAAAAUGAAGAAAAAAAUCAGCCUUCAAAUAUAUCUCCAAGCUGUUUGGUGUGCCAAUUCUACAUAUAUUUGUGUGUGAAUGAACAGAUGUCCUUUGAGAGUUCUGAAAACCCCUGUUUGGAAGAAACUAUUUCAUCACUUCUUCUCUUGUUUUUAUUACAAACCAUUUCAUUGGUGAUCGUUUCUCUCAGUUUGGCAUGCCGUGCAGUUUCUGUUACUAAAGUGGAAGACGGUUUCUAAGGAAACUCUGACAUCUGUGUACAUUGACUUACAAAACUCACAUGUGCACAUGGUAAGUUAAAUAUAGACUGCAUGCCUUGGCUCACAUGAAAGAAUAACAGGAGUCUCAAGUGGCAGAAUUAACAAAUGCACAUUUUUUUUCUAGAGUAUCCUAAGCAAUUAGUAUGUCAUAUUGUCUUUGUGCGUCUUCAAAUGCCCUUUACUGUUCAGAAUUCACCCUUAUGAAGUCCAUCUUCCAUUGACUAGCUUAAUUUAGAAAUGUAACUGUAUUGCUUGUAAAUAUGUAUAAUGCAUAGCACUACCUGAUGAGGUCCUAGUCAUAAAGCCACACACAUGAAGAACUUUAAAAUGUCUUUUUGGUUAUGAUUAGAACAAUUUUAACACAUUGGUAAAUAAUUGAUACAUCUUCACAAAAGGUUUUGAAAACGUCAUUUAAACUGUGAUUGGUGUAGGGAGUAUCUGUAUGGUCUUGGUUGAGGUUUUAAAGUUGAGGUUUUGUUAAAUCUUAACACGGGUGCAUUUCCAAAGAAUGUCAAUUUUGUAGCUCUCACAAGUACAGUUUAUUGAGGAACAAGUGGCUGCUGUGUUAAAAAGUUUGAACAUAAUUUCAGAAAAUACUCUUAACCUUUUUUUUAUAAACAGUCAUAGCUUGUUGGGAAUGUUUUCUGUUUAGUAACAGAAUUGAGAUUUUGAAAAUUUGAAGUUAGUGAUUUGUUUUUUUCAUUUUUUAAAAAGCCUCAAGGGACUAUACAGUAUUGGCAUCUUUCUAAAUAAGAACUCUACAAAAUGUGGAAAAUUAAGCCUGUAAUUCUUAAAAAAACUAGUUUGUUACAUUUCUUAUUGUUUUAAGACUUGUCUGUGAAGCAGUCUUAAAAUUGCCUCGGCACUUCCUGUUUACAUUACUCUCCCUUGAAGAUUAAAGGCCUGUUAUUUAAAAAACUGAACUCCAUAUGAUUUUCACUUUAAAAUAAAUAUGGUUUCUAUUACAUUUGUGCAUAUUUGUAUUACAAUGUGCAAACAUUAAUUGGCUUCAGUUCCCUCUUAACAUGCAAUAGCUUUUAAUAUUGUUUGUCUGUAAGCAAUGUGCUGAACAAGCCAAUGAAAUAAAAUGCAACCCACAGACCAUCCCGUGUGACAAUUAUUAAAAAAUGCUCUAUUUCCGAAUCAUCUGAUUCAAUUUUUCACCAUGAAUUGGGCAAUCUUAAAAUAUUUACAGACCAGAAAAGAGCUUUAUAUUUGAUAGCAAAUACUGUAUCUUCACAGUUGUUUUCAUAUUUAGACAAGAAAUGGAUAACCUUGUAACUAUUGGAAACAGCUCAUUCACAUUGGAAUUUGUGUAGUUGCUGUUCAUUGUUCUGUAUCAGUUGGGAUAUAGACAUAGAUGGUUGUAAUUGAACUGCCUCAGAAAAUAAAAGUUAAAUGCUGUUUUAAUCGUCCAAUACAAUAGUUUUAGCAUAUUUAUAUAUACAGUAUAUAACAAGGCAAUGCUUUUCUUGAAUGAGGUUAAACAGCACUAUCACAACUUCAUAAUCACUACACAACACGAUAGAAGAACUUGCAUAAUCCUUUGCAAUCAUUUAUACAUAUAAAAUGAGACUUUUUUUAAUGGUUCAUAAGACAUUUUGUCCUGAAAAGAAAUAGCUGAACCUGGGGUUCAGAUUCAUCAGGUAAAAAUAAUGGAAAAUGCCAUUAAGAGACUUGAGAGUCACAGGGAUUCGGAUGCCACAUUAGUAGUCCCGUUACAUUUGAUGUGACAUUUUAUUGUGUUAUAUGGUUUUUAUUCUUGUUUUAUCGUGCUGUGUAGUGUUUCUAAAGGAGUUUCAAUGACUUUCAGUCUCAUUCAAGCAACUUGUUACUGUAUGGUAUUGGUAUGUUACUGUACUCUUUCUGGUGAUUUCAUCCAUUAUGACAUUUAGAGAUUGUCCACUAGAGACAAAUCUUUGCAUACCCAGUCAGCUUUAAUAUGUGACUUAAUAAUAUGAUCACAAAGUCUAAGUCUAAAUGGAAACCAACAAUUUUGUACUUCUCGAUAUAACAAGAUCUACAGUUUUUACAGCUAAACAGUGCUUAGUGAUUCAAAUUAAAUAAUACAUUGAGGAAAUCUCUCAAUUUUUUUAACUUUUGGAUGUGCACAGUGGCAAAAUAAUGAAAAAGACUGUGCUUUUCAAAACCAUCUGAUACACUUAGAAAAACCUGUUUCAGUUUUAUAACUCUUUGAUUUGUAAUAUAUUUUAACUCACAUUUGCACUAUGAACACCCUUUGUGUAAGAACAUAACUUAGCUAUUGAUCACUUAUCAAAAGAAGACAUGGAUGAUUAAUGGUGAUUGGACUAUAAAGACCUAAUGGCAGGAUAAAAGCUGAAAAACAAAAUGUUCUCUUGACCACAUUGCAACCAGAGGACUGCAGCUGUUGCUCUCAAGUCUUGGAUGUAAAAUCCAAAAUGAGCUUUGUGCUUUUGGGAGUGACCAUUAAAGAGCUUUUCUGAUUGAGAAAUUAAUUUCUUUGCUGAAAUAACUGGUUACCGAAUAGCCGAAGUAAUUAAAAAGACAAAAAAUAUUAAAGGAAAAUAGUGUAACAUUUGAAAAAAGGAAACAAAGUUGUGAUUUUCACUUUUGUGUAUAUGACAUCCAUUGACUUUCACGACAGAAGACAUCUUAAAUACUUAAUUAAAGCAAUUUAAUAACAAAGAUUAAUGGCUUUCUAGGACAGAGUGUAAGCAAUAUGUUUUUACUUCCAAUCUGUUUGGAAUGUCUCAGAUAUCCAACAUGUGUAACUGCAUGUACAGUACCAACACUCAGCUGACUUAACAAUGUGCUGGUGUCAAUCACUUCUAUUUAAACACAUUUUGAAAGUAUCACAUGGUACACACCGUUAAUCCAUUACUAUUUUUUAAGUAAAGCAAGACAUAAAAUCCCAAGUACUUUAUGGAAAGUAUAAUUAAUGAACAAUAUUAGUUUAUAUGUACAACAAAUGUUUACCCACAAAGUGCAGUGGUGUCUGUGGGAUGGAGGUAUUGGAAUUCUAAAGCUACUUAAUAUAAGUUUUGGCACAGUUUUAUUUUUUGUUUAAAUGAUUCACAUAUAUUUUAUGUUUUGAGACCUCAUAACUAUUAUAAAUUAGGGACAAGGAAAGUGAUAUAUCUAAUAAAAAAUGCUAAGGUUAUCUAAGGGCAUUCAUAAUUGCACCUCUGCAUUUUGUGGUUACUUCCAAACAUUAUGAUUCAUUGUAUUGGCAGAAAGUGUGACAACUAUUGGAACUAUUGCUCAAAGUUCUUACCAAGAAAGGAGUUUGUCUUACGUAAUCAUGUGGAGUCUACUUUCUGCAAAUGUAUUUCUUAAAGAUGUCAAUAUUCAGUGUUGGUGUCUGCUCCGCACUGUUCUAUAUUAUAUAAUUUUUAUUUGCAAAGCAGUGGCAACAGAGGAUACAGAAUAUUUUUAUGUCAUAAUGUUGCAUUAGCAAGGAUCCACAGUUGUAGGAAACUAACACCCUGAUAUAAGUCUCUUUUGAAUAAAAUGAUGAAUGUGGUAAUGUAUUCUUAAAAAAUAAAAAAGGAAGUAAAAAUGA